AUGGGCAUUCGCGCUGGUGUGGUCGUCUGUACAACAAGUUUCUUGCUUGGUGCCCUCUUCACGAACUGGAUUGCCGAUUCAGUCACACUAUGGAAGUCGCCAAUCACUGACGAGCACCUGUGGACCGCAGCAUCCUACUACUCAAUCCUCGCGAAGGCACCGCAGGAGCUGCUUUACUUCCUGGGGUGUAUCACCUUACUCGGAGGCACAACCAUAUUAUGGAGCCUGCGAGACGGCGAGGCUGGGAAUCUCAUGUUCGACGGGGGCAGCCUCUUCUUGUUCGCUUCGACCAUGGGCAUGUACUUGUACUCGGUGUUACCCAGCAUCUUCGCGAAGUUUGCUCCGCUUCCUACACACGCACUCAAGGACCCCAUCCCCAGCAACCUCAGAACCGCUGCCCUCGACCUAGCGUCGAACAACCUCAUCUGCAGCGUCGCUCUGACCGGCGUCCUCGCACUCCAGGCAGGCCGCUUCUGGGCGGAUAAACCCGAGGAAGAAUCGGAUGACGACGCUCCCCAAGCCGUCACCACUUCAUCAUCCACCAAAAACGCAGCCGAAUAUUACACCUCCGACGCCAGUGAGAAACUCGAGAGCUGA